AUGCUGCUGUCGCCGCAUGCCGCGCCUUCCCCGGCGCUCUCGGCGCCUAGCCCCGCGCCGGUACGCGCACCGUCGCCGCUCCGCCAGGAGAUCCUUCCUCCGCCCACUGCAGCGCCAGCUCGGCCCCGUCCGCCGCUGUACAACUUCAUCGCGCUGCGCGAGGGCGUCGCGCUCGCCAUGAGCCCCGCGCCUGUCGGCUUGAACGGGCUAGAGGACAUGCGGCCCCUCGACGAGGUCUUCGGGUCCGGGUACGCGCUCUACCUCCGCCUCUGUGGCGGCGGGGAGAUCGGCGCCCGCGCCCUGCCCUACGUCUUCACGUUUACCGAGUUCAGCUACUUCAUCUUCGAGCUCAUGUUCGAGGCGCCCGAGCUGGACCCGAUCCGCGUCCCCAAGCCCGUGUUCGACCGCGCGUUCGCAAAGCACAUCGACUCGAUCCCCCUCCCGGCUGCGUUGAGAGCGGCGAUGGUGGCGAACGGCGCCGCCGCGGUGCCGCCUGGUACGUUCACGCCUGUCGGCCUCCCCCCGACGGUCCCCAUUGCUGGCCCCUCGCAGCAAGGCGGCACCCAGUCCCAGCAGGGCAGCACCUCAGCCCAGCGAACUAGCACACCCCAGCAAGGCGGCAUUCCUCAGCAAGGCACCAUUCCCGUCCAAGUCGGCACCCAGGCCGGCUUCAUCCACAAUGGCCAGCUCUACACCUUCGACCAGAACGGCGUGGCGUUCGCCGUCCCCCAGGCGACACUCAACCAGCAGCACCCCAUCCAGAGCCCCUUCAAGGGCAUUCCCUUCACCGACAACCCACUAGACAUCCCCUUCUUACCCAUGGCACACCUCCAGCUCCCAAUGGGGCAUCAGCCCACCCACCUCCAGGUCCCAACGGGCCACCAGCAGCAGCGCACAGCUGCGCAGCCAGUGAGCUACGACGACGCCCCCACCACUGCUGAGAGUGCCGAGCUGGAGGGCCGCGUUGACGGCCUGGGGCUGGAGCUCGGCGUGACUGGGGGAUUGGGGCUGGCUACUGACGUGACAGGGCGCGAGGAUGAUCCCCACUUUGCCGAGGGCACCGGUGCGAGCGACAUCGCCGAGGCCGCCGCUGCCAGCGACGAGCACGGCAUCGCUCAGGCCGCCGUUACCAGUGACGAACACGGCAUCGCUCAGGCCGCCGUCGCGGGGGCCGAUACACCUGUCGCCAAGCCCGCUGUUGCCCGGGGCGUGGCCGGGGCCAGCGCCAGGCCCGAGGAACCAUCCGUGAGCAAGUUGGCCAGUCUCGGCAUCGAUGCGGCGUGGGACGAGUGCAACGAGGUCGAGCCCGCGGUUGAGGACGUGGAGAUGGAGGAGUCGGGCCAUGCGGGCGGGCAUGAGACAGCUGGCACAGGUUGUCCGGACGACAAGGUCGGUGGCCACGAGGACAUUGCCAUGGACGACAGGACCAGCGAGCCGGUCGAGGAGGAGCUGGGCAAAAGCGGCGGGGGCGAGGACACGGCACCAGUUCCACCAGGCGUCGACCUUGAGGCUGUUGACUGUGGUGCGAUCAACAGCCACGCCGGAGCUGAACCCAGCGUGGAUGACCACCAUGACGCAGCCCAAGCCGACACGGACGCCGAGGUCGAGCACACGACAGCCGACGAGCCCGUGGGUCUUGUUGACUACGAGUCUACUGUUGGCACCGAGAACGAUGACGCCACCGAGCAUGUUCCCGGCGUCGAGGACGCGAGCCUGAUCGAUUCAGCCAAAGGGGGUCCCAGCAACGAGAGAAGCGACGUCCAUUCGACGCGCCGCAACCCACCAGAGCCCAUCGACACCGCCGCAGCCAACCAGAGCAGAGCCCACCUGAAUGAGGCAGCCUACGCACCUGUGGACGAGGCCAGCCCCGAUGUAGGCGCAGCACUGGCCAUGCUCGAGCUGUCUACGCCGCGCAGCAUCGCGAGGGACCGUCCGAGGCGGCACGGGGCGUCCAGCCCGCUCAGCAGUGCGCCGAGCACGCCGAGACCCGCCGCCGAGUCGAGGUCGAGACAGAGCAAGUCGACGCGGCGCAAGAACGAGCCGACGGAGGCCAGAAGCCCGAUGCACCUCCGCACGCGGUCGAAGGGCACGAGUGUCGUCUCGACCACGCGCCCUUCCACCCCGACGUCGGCGCGUCCUCCGGCGGCGGCCAAAGCUGCCGGCGGGAGCAGCGCGACGUCACCUGCCGCGGCGCCAUCGCCUAGAUCCACAAGAAGCCGCCGUAAUGAUGCCCCAAACGACACCGACAUCUCGAGCCCCGCCGCCUCGGAGCGUAAGCUGCGCUCUAGCGACCCCAAGACUGCGCCGGCGCCCAACUAUCACCAGCUGCACCACCACGGCCGGUCGAAGUAG